ACACUUUUAGCAUAGAAAUAAGUUCUUUACCCAGAUUGUCUGGCUUUUCAAAUCUGAUUCCAGGCAUCACUGCUUCUCCUCUGAAGGAUUUCAGUGAGAAGGUAAUGUCACUGGGACCAAGCUCAUGAAAACUGCACAGCAAGUCCUUGUCAAACAAAUGGUCCUGUGUUGGAGGUCCCCAGAAUGAUUGUUUUCUGCCUGAGGAGAAGCUCAUGUAUCAGUGUAGAAUCAAUAAAUAAGUGGUAAGGGAGACAAAGAGGAAGGAGGGAAGAGAAUAAUGGAGAAGUAGAUUCUAGUGACCAUAAGACCUGAUGGAAUGGCAUGGAGCUGUGACAAGGGAGGGUCAGGUGUUAGGAAAAGGUUCCUCACCAGAGGGCAGUGGGCAUAGAACAGGCUCCCCAGGGCAGUGGGCAUGGGUCCCAACUGCUGCAGUUCAAGGAGUGUUAGGACAACACUCUCAGGUAGAGGAUUUGAAUUUUGGGUGGUGCUGUGUGUAGCCAGGAGCUGAACUUGGUAAUUGUCCUGGCUUCCUUCCACUUUGGAAUAUUCUAUGCUGCUAUGAUUCUGUGAAGUGACAAAGAGGAGUUAUUCCAAGGGGCUGGGGAGCAGGAGCAUGUUGUAGGCAAUGUCUGGCAGGCUGAGGUCACCUACAAGGCUGUGCUGUGCAACCAUAGCUGUACCAUCUCGGCUGCCCUCACAUGGUCAGCUUUUGCAACCUUCCUAACAGCACAGACCUUGCUGCUCACAUCCCUGAACUGCCUGCAGCACCAGUUUCUUUGAAUGCAAUGACUCAGCAGCUACAGGAUGAAUUUGACAGCAGCGUGGAGAAUGCAGAAGCUUGGAUGAAGGCCAUCCAAGAGAGACUGAGUAUCAAUGAUAACACCAAGGGACCUCGAUCUGCCCUAGAAGCCAGGCUGAGAGAGACAGAGAAAAUACGUGAUCUGGAACCAGAAGGCAUGUUGAAAAUGGACUUGAUUCUUGCGAAGGCAGAUGCUGCUCUUCACUGUAUCAGUGAGGAUAAGAAACACGAAGUACUGUCUAAGCUGAGACACAUUAAAGCCUUGUGGGAAGAGACAGCCAUUUACAUUACUCACUGUCACAGCCGUAUUGAGUGGGUCUGGCUGCACUGGAGUGAGUACCUGAAAGCUCAAGAUGAGUUUUACAUGUGGAUUCACAACAUGAGGGUGACCUUGGAGCCUGACAUUGAGUUGCAGCUUGGCUUAAAGGAGAAGCAGUGGCAGCUGAGCCAUGCUCAGGUUCUGCUGAAUGACGUCUUAAAUCAGUCGGUCCUGCUGGAAACGCUGCUAGAGGAAGCUGCUUCCUUGUUCAACAGGAUAGGUGAUCCCAGCGUUGAUGAGGAUGCUCAGAAGAAAAUGAAGGCAGAAUAUGAAGGCAUCAGGGUAGAAGCUCAGAGCAGAGUGAAAAUGCUUGAAAAGAUAACUGAAGAGCACAAGCAGUACAGCACUAAAGUCAAUCAGUUUCAAUCGUGGAUGAAUGAUGUGACGGAAAGAUUAAACUGCUGCAUUGGAGAAGCAACCAAGUCAUCAGCAGAGGACAGACUAAAGGCACUGAAGGAAAUUGCCAAAAACAUUAGGAGUGGUGCAAAGAAAUUGAAGCAUCUUGAAAAUCAGUGCGCAGAUGUGAUUCAAAAUACCUCCCCACUGGGAGCUGAGAGACUGAAGGAUGAACUCGAUGAGCUGCGAAAAGCCCUGGAGAAACUGAAACUGUUGAGCAGUGAGGAGGAGCAGAGAUUGCUCAAGAUCCAACAGACAGAAAGGGCCUACAAGUCCCAAGCCAGACAAUUAGAAGCAGAUAUCCAGGAAUUCAGAAAAGAUCUACAGAAACUAGAAAAUGAUUUGGACCUUGGGGAAAGGGAAAAGACUGAAGAUGAGUUUGUAGCUCAAUGGAGAAAAUGCAAUGCAACAAGAGCAGUUCUGGCUGCAGAAGAGUCAAAGGUUGAGAGGCUGAAGGCUCAGCUUAAGGAACUGCUGCGGUUUUCCCAAGAUGUGCAGCCGCACGCUGACAGCGUCAUCUCUGCAAUACAGCACUAUCAAAGUGUUAAAGGGAAGACAUCUAAAAUGAUCACUGAUACGGAAGCUCAACUGAGCAGACUUUUCCAAAAUCCCCUGCAAAAUUUUGAACAAUGGAAGCUAACUGUCCAGAUGUUCUUGGAAACUCCAGAGCCAGCGUUGGAUCAGAUUGAGGCUGCUCUAGCUGAAAGCUCACAGUUCAAAGAAAAGUUGAUGACAUUACAGCUGAAGAAAGAUUUGCUAAACAAUAUCCUUGGUGAGGAAAAAGCAAAAUCUUUCCUGGAAGAAGUAGCUGAAGCUUCAAAUGAGAGAGAAAUUCUACACAAAAGUCUGCUGCAAAGCAAAAGCAAACUCCAGAAUUUGAUAUUACAGCAUAAGGACUUUGAUGCUGCUUUUGCACGUUUGCAGAAGAAAUUAUUUGCCAUCAAAGCCAAAUUAGAUCUGGAGAAUGAACCGCAGCCUAACCUCUUGGGUAAAAAGACACAACUCCAGAGACUCCAGAUGAUCCAAGAUGACUUGGCAGAGCUUGCAAUUCAAAUGGAAGAGGUAGACAAGCUUGUUCAGUCAAAUACAACACAUAGGCAUGAAAUGAACCAACUUACAUCUGACAUUCAGGCCCUGAAGAGAUCACUGGAGAUGAUGAUACAGCAGACUGAAGAGCAUGUUCAGAAACACUGGGCAUUUAAUGACAAAUUGUCUGACCUCCAGCAGUGGAUCACUGCAACCACUGAGAAGAUUGGCUCCUACCAGGGUGCUGAUAUGAAGCAGAGCAAUGAGAGCAGGGUGGCAGACCUUGAGAGAUGGCUAGCUGAGUUUCCAGAUAAGGAGAUCCAGCUGCACCUUGUGGAAGCUCAUGGCCAGCUGGUCAUGGAGAAUUCUUCCCCAGAGGAGACUGCCCAUGUUCAGGCAGAGCUGGAUCAGCUGAAGGAGUCUUGGAGAUCACUGAAAGAGAUGGCAACUGGUCUUCUCAAAAGGUGGCAGUUAAACAGACCGGUGGCUGAUAAGAAGAAGAAAAUAGCACUUGUGGAUAGUAGACAUAUGUCUGGACCCGUCUUCCAUUGUUUAGAUCUCAACCAUAAGCAGGAGAAGACAGCAAAAGGGCAAAGGAAAAGCAGCCGCGUUAAGCUCCUGCAUGACUUUGAAGAGUGGUUACAAGGAGAAAACACCAAACUCUCCAAAAUUCUUGCUAUGAAUUUGUCUUCCACAGAGGAAAUCAAGACAUGCCACAAAGAACUGGAGGAGCUGCAGGCUCGUGUGCCUGUUGGUCAGCGUCGCUUUGAGGACCUUCUUCAUUUUCAUCCUGUCAUUGGAAAUUCUGAAGAUCUGGAAGACCUGCGUUACCGUUGGAUGCUUUACAAAUCUAAAUUGAAAGAAUCCAUGAGUUCGCCGAUUGCUAGAUCUUCAGAACAACCAGGCAUAUUCAGAAAGAAGCGCUCUGGAGGCAUGUGCUCUUUCUUGCAUCGAGUAUGCUGGGCAUCACUACCAUUGCAGCUGCUCCUCUUGUUCCUCCUGCUCCUGGCCUUCCUCCUGCCCCUGGCAGAGAAGACGCACAGCUGCACGCUGGCCAACAACUUUGCUCGGUCCUUCAACCUGAUGCUGAGAUACGAGGGCCCACCUCCAACCUAACUACUUGGCACAGCAAGAGGUAAGCCUCACCAUGGAGUGGGGCCUCUCAGCUACUUCUCAGCAUCAGCUGCUGCAUCUGACUUUGGGAAAAAUACCUCCACUUGGCUUCCCACAGCUGCCCAUCAGACUGUGCUGUCCAUCAGGCCCGAUCUCAGGAUCAGACAUAAGGUAGGAAAAGUCACUCCAAAAAGGCCAGCUGCUCAGAAAAUGUGAGUACUGCCUCUCUCAACCAGGCUGUGCAAGAAGGUGACAGUGUGUCAGCAUGGACAGUUAAACAAACACACUACGUUUUACUCCGUAGUAAUAUAUAUAUCACUGCAUAAACAAAAAGAGGUUUGUCAGGUUCACUUGGGAGCUGAAAUCUCUGUGGUUGUUGCAGGAGGAAGGUUUCUCCAAUGCCUGAUGCAUCAGACAUCCCAUCCCUUCCUCCUGCCAUCGUUUACAUGGAUUCAGAGGCAAAGUGAGCACUGACCCCUGUGCCAGCUUGCAAGGAGGCUUCAUGGCUACACUGAACAAGGUGCACAAGCAGUAAAAUCACCGCUUUCUGUAGUUUUUUCUUAUUUUUCUAGCAUUUUCUUCCACUUGAGGCAAUCUGAGAGUCUAAUUCCCAACAGUCCUCUGUGAAUUCUGCUAAUUACUAUUGCCCAAGCAGAACACUGCAGUUCUUGAGUAUCUCUCUGCAAUAACACACAAUAGUUUCACUCAGGUCUGUAAAAAUAAAUCGUAAUUUAUAAAUGCUGCAGUCCCUUGCAUUCAAUCAUUUUCAUUCUGGACUUCGACUUUCCAUUUAAAAAAUUUCAAAUCCAGGAAUAGCAAAUGCCGAGUCAUAAAAGCUUAGGAAAUGGGGAGAAUCCAGAGUGCAAGGCAGCAUUAUGGCGUCUGAUCUGCUGUCUCUGAUAAUACCCUCGCAAGACAGGGUCCUUUUUUUUUCCAUUCCUAACAAAUGAAUUGCAGCAUGUAUGAAAUCUCCAAGGGCCAUCUGUGACUGUAAUUCAUUUACUGACCAUAUUAUGGAACAGAUUUUCCAGUGAGUUCAAAACCUGGGGCUGAAGGGAGGACGGGACCAGUAUGAAGAGACGGAUCUGCGAUCCAUAUCUAAAAAUAAAAAUAUUAUUCAAUUGUCAUACUUGAUGGAUAAAGUGUCUAAUGCAUUGGGCAAAACCAUAGCAACCAGAUAAAUAUGUUUAAAACAUUUAAUUUUGAUACAUUGAGUUGAAGCAGGAGCUUAUCGAAGCUGAAACUAAGCAGACAUAUUCUAAGUUCCUAAAAGCCCCUGAUUUUGUUUAGUUUGGAAGAAAUGCUGCCGGAGAUAAGCUGGAAGUGAAGAGGAAGCUGGGCCCUGUGCACAUGGAGAGGCUCUGACAAUCAGAACCAGCAGAUCCUGCCUGUUUGUAUUGACCAUAUUGUUGGUACCCACUGAAAAGCUUCAUGUUUUGCAGCUGGUACUGGGGUUCUUCAAAAAAUAUCUUUCUCUCAAGCCAGCACAACCACUUCCUUCUUCUUCCUCCUCUUCCAAAGGCUGCAAUCCUACUCGCUGCACCUUGCUCACAGAGUGCCAAGGGGUAUCAGCUGGAUACCCUUGGGUGGAGUGGGAAUGCCAGGAAAAAGUCCAGCAGCUCAGCCCAGGGCUCCUGAGGGGAUCCUGGGCUCUCCAUCAGCACACAGAGUGCCCCAGGGGGCAGCUGGGUCUGACAUAGUCUAAUGCCACUAAUCCCACUGCAUGGAUACUUUCAGCAUGAGCAUCGCGGCACAUUAAGGAUGAAGUGGCUGCAGAUUGUAUUUCUCUUUUGCCUUUACAUACACAGAAGACAAAAUACCUCGCACAGUGUCAUAAUGUCAAUUAUGGGCUUUAGGUCAGGAUUAUGCAAUGCUGGCAAAACCUUUGAUGACAGGACAUGGUUUGUACCUCCUCUCUUUUGACAGUGACAGGGUCCAAAGGACUGGCAUGGAGCUGUGUCAAGAGGAGAGUCAGGUUGAGUGUUAGGAAGAGUGAUCACCAGAGGGUAGUCAGUCUGUGUCCCAGUCAGCACGGUACCAAAGACAUGAUGCUGCCCCAAAGGGCUACUCCUUGUGGUGCUCAGCCUGCCUGGCCUUGGGAACACAAGUGGCAACAGCCAGCGUGCGCAUUGCUGGUGAUUCCUCCAGGACAGAGAAGAGGUGUUUCAUUUCUUACAAUAGGCAACAGGUCAAGAGAAGAAGGCUUCAGGUAAUUAGGGGGAGGAGAAAUGUAAGCUUCUACCUUGGUGCUGCUUUACUUCCUACCUCCAAAAAUAGAAGUCAAUGUCUUGGAGAGCCAUGCUGGAACAAAUUAGCAGUCCAGUGUAGCAAGCAUCACUGUGAACAUUCAUCUUGUCCUGUGACUGUCUGGAAUUCACUUCCCUCUAGCUUUUCUUGCAUAAAUUUUGGAGAAAAAAUGCGUUCAUUAAAAAUCAAGACUAAUGUUAGGGCACAGGGAGCGCUUGCUUGCAUUUGUGUGAACCCAUUGAUAUUGGAGAGGAGAGAAAACAAGAGUACUUAUGCUGGCAUUGAACAAGCACCUAACAUCUAACAACCAUCGCAUUCUAGGAUGCAUGCCAUGCUGCACACUUUUGGCUCAAACUCAUGCAACAGGAAAAGGAUCAUGCCUGUAUUUAUGUGCAUUGCUAUCAGCAUCUUUUUAUGAGGAGCGUGGGCACUGUAACGAGAAGCCCAUGAGAUCUAGGAGCCACAGCCUAGUCAGGCCAAGUGUGCCCUACAGGAGCCUUUGUGACAAGGAUAUCACCCAGGAGAAGGGUGCUGCAUGAAGGCAUAUAAGACUGGCCUACAAUCUGCAGAAUAAGAAGUUAUUGGAUUUAAUUACUUUAUUUAUUUUUUUGAGGCCUAGACUGGUCAGACCUCCUUGGAGGGGCCCACAUGCUGACUUUGCAUGCAGUCAUGAUCUCUAUUUGUACCUCCAGACUGUACCAUUGCUAAAGGGAGCUCUUUUUGGGCACACGUGUGGGUACCCACAAGUCUGUGCAUGCUCCCUCAGAGAACAGGGCAGGCUCCACUUCCAUUGCUCCUCUACUGAGGCCUGUGACACUUGCAUUUAAAUUCCAUCACAUCCUGCAAAACCUCUGCUGAUUCAACCAGCCAAAACCAGCUGCUAUUUCAUGUCUCAUUUGAAAUAGCAGUGUUUACUUUAAUUCUUGAGAGUGUCACAGAUAAUCUGUGGUAUGGACUCCUCAUUUUCCAUGCACUCCAAAACCACACAGUGUCACGUACAGCUGUGGUGCUGCACAAGAGUGAAAUCAAUAUGUUUGGCUCAGACAGAAAGAGAUAAAGGUUUGAUGUGCACUUUCCUGUAGGAAUAAAGGAGGAAGGGAUGAGAAGAAUCUUACUAUAACAGAAAUGUGAGGAUUUUGGAGACUCACAGGAGGAUAAAGGAAUCUGAAAUCUGUCAAGUAAAGAGGGAUCUGUUGCCUUCCUAAUGCAGGGGGAUCUAAUUACUGGUUUUGGGUUUUUUUGCCUUUCAUUAUAAAGCAACUAUUGCAGGGCAUAAAUGACCUUGUAGACACACAUGAUACUGCUGCCAAAAAACAUAUCCAUUAUCAAGUAAUACAUUUUCUGCUUGUAUAGUUCCAGUGUUCUCUUUUGAAAAGCAGUAAGUUCUCUUCUGACUGCCUUAUCACAUUUCAGGAUGCCUUUAGUCAUGGGACUCUGCCUAUUCAGUAGUUCAUGUCAGUUGUAUUUCAGUAAGCAAAACUUUGGGUUCUUUCAGCAUCGCAUUCUUGCUCCCCAGGGAUGGAGGUGUCAGACUUGCUACUUCUCCCACUAAAAUACAUCUGAGGUUUGCUAUUGAUUUCAUGGAGGUCACAAAGGCACAAAAUAAUACAUCUUGAGACCCAGCCUCUUCAGAGCUAGGCCAGUUCACACCACCCGAAGUGUCUUAUUCAAGAAAUCAGGAGUUAAAAGAAAAUCAGACUUUGGGAAAACCGAAAAGUUGGAAGCAGUUAUCGAAGUGGGCCUGCAGAAUUUUAAGGUAGUCAAAUGGAUGGCUGUAUCACUGCAUAACUUAUAUAUCGUGAAACCUUGGUAUCUGAUAGGGAGAAAGUUUAGACUGAAGUCAGACAACAGUUCUUGAUAAACAACAAUGGAAAAGAACAAGCGCUAGAAGCCAUCUUUCCCAAAAGGACUUUUCAAAGUUGAACAUGCUCAGCAUUUUGACUAUGUCUGUACAAGUAAAUUAAAUGUUUGCAAGACAAAUCCCUGGAACUGAAAGGAAUGUCAUGACCUAGUGUGAAACCGGGUGGCUGCAACUCAGUGCCUAUGGGGUAAUCCCUGGCCAGCCCUCAUUCCCGAGCUGUUCCCAGCAGCUGCUCAGGGCUGUGUUACUCAGCAUCCAGGCUGCAGGCCAUCCCAACAGGCUCCCCAAGUGGACAACCAAGCAGUGGGAAUGGUCACUGCAGAAAGAAGUACUGUAGAUGCAGCUUAGAUACCCAGGUUCAGGUAUGUACUUUGGUCUCUGAUACCUAAACUUGGAUUUGAGUGCUUUGCUUUGAGAUACAUUAGGUACCACAAUAAUAAAAGAUUAUAACUUUGUUAAGAGCAGAAAAAAAUAUUCACUAUUUUUGGGUUAGAGAGUGAGCGUUUUGUUUACUCAAAAUAACUCAUAAAUGCGAGUUGUGCCCUUAAGAAUAUAGCUACUUGCUUUCAUUUAAGAUAAGUUAGAACUGCUAUUGUUAUUUUGUCCCACAUUUUAGUCAAAGAUAAUAACGAAAGGGGUGGUAGUGGUGACGGUUAUUGUUAUUGUAAAGCAUUCAGAAAUUUCAGUCCUGUAGGAGAUGAAACACCACCAAGAUGUGUGAUAAAACUUCCAACUGCACGUUUGCAACAAAAGAAUAAGGAAAAAAAAAGGUUUGCAACAAAGAAGUCCCAGAAACACAGAAAGUAGUUUCGAUAUUUUCAAAAAUAUGUUUCUUUUUACAGCCUGUCUGUUAGGAUAACCUUCCCAGCUGUGCUGAAAUAUUCAGUAUCCCACAUUCACACCAGGAGUAUUAAUGGCCUUUGCAACCUGGAGGAAGGCACAUAAUCCUUGUCACUUUGUGUUUUUCCCAAACUCUAGUGUUCAGCAUGUACUCACUUUAGAUACUUCAGGUUUUCUUGGCCUAAGAAAGAAGUGCAGUGUCAUCACCAGGCUGGCUUUUCGUGGCUCUUUGCUCCAGUCUCACCUCCCACCCAUCCUCUCGGUACAUGGAUGAGGGCAGCAUCUGAGCAGGCUUUAAUAGAAUUCCAAGCUGUUGCUCAAGAGGCUAGACAAAUGAAGCUUGUCCACUUCAACAGCAAAUACAUUGGCUUUGGCAUGAUCAAGGUUACUUUUAACUUCUGGUUGCAGAGGAGGCCAGACUGUUCUUUUGCAGGAUCUGAGGUGACCUGUACCUAGAUCACUGUGAUCUGGGAAAUAAGAAAUAAAUGAGAGAAGAUCUCCUUCAAGGUUCAUCCUACCUCACAGAGGUACAAAGGGUGACCUUGUGCCUUGCCUGGAAUUACCCAGCAGUUCAGAGCCUCAGGAUAACAAAGAUGGCAUGAUGGGUCCUUCAUGAGAAAUUCAGAUUUGGGGAUGGUAGAGAUAUUCUUGGGACCAGAAAAUCCUUCUUGGACCAGCGUUGCCCUGGGGAGAUGUGCAGCUCGUGCUCUAGGGAAAGAGGCACCCAGGAGCCAGUAGCUUUGUCUGGAGGCUGUGAUUCCUGUGACCCUUCCAGUCUUGCUUUUGACCUGGGUAUGGCUCAGUCAGAUCACCUGGAAACUCCUGGAAAAUCCUUCCUUCCUUCUUUCAGGUGUAUUUGUAUUAACAUUUAUUUUGUUGCCUUUUUUUUUUUGUUAAUCUGAGUUAGACUGAAGCUGCAGUAUGUGUUUGUGAGGGGUGAAAGGGGACUUUACGAAUGCCCUUAGCCCCAGAAAACGCUCCAUCAGAAUUACCUUAUAUUGCACACAGGAUAUGUACUUCAUUUAGGAAAGACAACUUGAAUGAUGGGUGGAUUUUUAUGUCUAAUAAAGCAUUAACCAUGAUCUAAGCUCUUCCUGUAGCUAAAGAUUUUAGAGUGUCUCUUUCCUGUGUGGAUUCUCUGAUGUCUUACAUAGCUGACCUCAUGCUGUGUGAUUUCCCUUCCUGGGCUGUUAAUAGCAUCUCUCUCCUCUACCUGCCUGCUUCUUUAACACAGAAAUUGUAGGAGCUUCGAUUGUUGUGAUUCCCACUCCUCUAUCUAGAUUUGAUUGAAACUGGUCCAUGCAUUCCAAAAGGAAGGGCAGACAGACAUGCAAACACGCACACAGAAACACUGUGU